CCUCAGCAGAGAAAACCACGGCUGUUGCUCAGUUUGUUUGGUGUGGAAGAGACGGCCGUUUAUUCACAACAUUUACAGGAUUCUGCCCCAACAAACAGUCACCGUUAGUGUUAAAUCCCAGCAUCUUUUCGGCCAGUAACUCACAGGACGAUGAAUGGUAAGUCUACGAACGGUUCGUUGGGGGGCAUGGCCUGUAUCGAGGGUCUUCCCCCGCUGCCGAAGAGCCUGAGCGGCUUGCUGAAUUCCAGCGGCGGCUCCUGGAGAGACAUGGAGAGGAUGUACGUGAAGAAGACCAUGAUCCAGGACGACCUGAGCCGGGGCAGAAACGACAACCUGCUGUCACACAAGCCGGCCAACCUGGACGCUGCUCUGGCUCUCCUGCGGAAAGAAAUGGUGGGGCUCCGGCAGCAGGACAUGUCCCUGCUCUGCCAGCUGUGGUCCCUGCACGAGUCCAUCCAGGACUACAAGGGCAGCUGCCAGGACCUGAGCGCCGCCUCCAGCCUCAGCAUGAUGGAGAACGGAUACUUCGACGAGGACGACGAGGACUACCCGGAGCCUGGAGCCACGCCCACCGGAGAGAAGCCGGACGGAGAGCUGGGAGACGGGACGGGAAAGAAAGGGAGCGGCAUCGCAAAAGACGACAGCUGGGACUCUUUUCACGUCACCAUCUGAGGCCUUUCUGGAUGGAUACAUGCUGUUUGGGGGGGAAAGACUUGAGGAGGAAGGAACUGGUUUGUUAGAGGUAGCAGCUUGUGGUAUUUUUUUUUUACCAUAAUAGACUCCAUCUUAAGUCCAGCUCUUCUUCACGUGAAACCCACCUCUGAUCUAUAAAGAUUUCGCAGCGUGACCAGGAUCUUCCCCAGACUGCAGAGCUCAGAGUUGCCGACACGUUCUCAAACUCAGGAGUUUGGGAUUAUAUUCCCAGACUCCUCAUACUCAAAAUUAGGCAAUAUAUAUUAUGUCUUCUUUAAAAAAAAAAACAGGUGCUUCUAUAUCACCAUCUGAGGCCUGUCUCUCAGCCUGGAUGGAUACAUGCUGUUUGGGGGGAAAGACUUGAGGAAGAAGGAACUGGUUUGUUAGAGGUAGCAGCUUGUGGUAUUUUUUUACCAUAAUAGACUCCAUCUUAAGUCCAGCUCGUCUCUGAUCUUCACUGAGCUGAGAGUUGCCGACACGUCCUCAAACUCAAAGAUGGAUUAUAUUCCCAGACUCCUCAUACUCAAAAUUAGACAAUAUAUAUUAUUUCUUCUUUAAAAAAAAAAAACAGCUGCUUCUAUAUCAAGUGGUUUUGCCAGCCAGUGACCCCCCCCUUUUUGGCCGAACUUUUUUUUACAUUUACAAAAUAUAUGAACAAAGUCGUAUUAUUUAUUAUAUAAUAUAAAUGACAAGAUAUUUCCUGUUUCUCUCUACGGAUGUUUUGUACUGCAACUCUACCCAGGUACAAGGACUACCAGAAAGCGAGGCUUCAUAAAGGAACACAAAGGAUUCUGGACCCAAGCAGACGAUUGACUGUGUGUUACUUUAAGCGGUGAGGUCAAUAUUUACACGAAUCCAGAACAAAAGAGGUCAGACGUGAAGAGCGGAGAAAGUCCUCGUGCCUGCUCACAGUGUAAAGAUGAUUGAAACAGAAUGAGUUUUGGUUCAGGGGGUGAAGGCGACACUUUUCAGCCUUUCAGAUGGAGCAGUUCUUCGCUCUGAAAAUGUGAAAUGUUCAAAAUGCUGGAGACGGUUGCAACCUGAUCCCAACUGAAGCUGGAGUGACGCAUUACGGAUAACUUUGAUGUGUCGUUGGUGUUAAAGGCCCAGAUGGUUUUAAUCGAUGGGAAAUCGUCUAAUUAUACUGUACACAAACUAAAGGGUAAUCUUACUUGCGUCUUGUUUUCAUAGCGCUCAUUCCUAUGAUAAGAACAUGUUCUCAAAGUAUACUGCUCUUAGAUCUGGAAGGGAGAAAGGAAAAGUAACCAUAAAUCAUCAAAACUGAUGGAAAGUACUAUGAAAUGGAAGCUCACGUUGUAAUCAACAACAACAUAGCCACGUAGCAACUACUAACCAGCAUCGAUUUAAAAAAAAAAAAACUGGAUAAAAUGACUUAAUCAGCAAGUUUCCACAUAACCAGCUUUGAGAUGUUUAGACUUCUCACAUCAUUUACACUUGCUAACAUUGUCUGUUUUAUUAAUCGCAGUGACUGACGGAGAAGUGUAAGACCGUAAAAGUGAUUGUUCGACUCAUGAAUGCACACGGUGUAGACACAAAGCUUGUGUGUGUGUAUCAGCUGAAUACAGGGUACUUUUAUAACUCUUCUGUAUCCCUAUAUACACAAAUAUAAACUGAACAUUGUUUAUGACGUGUCAGAGGGAUGUAAAGGGUGUUUUCUCAGUGUUUCAACAACGCUUCGAUACUGCUCACUAACAAGAUUGUAAGUGUAUUCAACUCUGCCGUCUCUGACUGAAACACAAAGCAGCCUUUCUUUGGACUCUGUUUCUGUCCCGCACCAUCGAUCCAGCGACAAGCAACAAUGUUUGGAUGUGCAAAAGAUUCUGCUGCACAUAUGGUCUUCUUUUAUAUCUAAAAAGCAAACGGUUUUAGCUGAACCUGUAGCAGGCAACACACAGCAGCUGUUGUAUCACUACUAAAUGACUGUGGAUAGUUUCAGUGUUAUUGUGUGUGUACAGAUCACCUGUGUGUGUGUGUGUGUGUGUGUGCCGGUGUAACACAAACCAAAGAAGGAACGGCACUCAAAAUGAAAUGUAUUUGGGUUAAAGUGCUAAAAAAGCUGAUAGUUAAUGCUCUUGAAUGACAUUUUAUUCAAAAAGUUAACAGUACAGUGUAUCACAGUUAUCACACACAUGUCAUCUCUGUCCUCCAGCAGUGACACUUCAUAUUUCACUGUGGUGAUAAUAUUGACGUUGAUAUUUAAAAAAAAAACAAAAAAACAAUGAUAUUAUUCCCACGGCUUUUUUUAUCACUGACCGACGAGAAAGUCUCAGUUCUCACCUCUGUAUCUACACCUCUGUAUCUACACAGCUAGAGUGUAAAUACUAUCUAAAUGAUAGUGUACACACCCAUGAGUCCAUAGUGACCUACAGUAGUUAUCACACAGACAUUACAGCAGAGUCAUAUUAAAGGAUUAGUUAAACAUUUUAGGAAAUGUGUUUACUUGCUUUCUUGCAGAGCGUUAAAUAACAACCCAUGUGAAUAGGAAGUUACUUAGCUGAUCAACUGACUAUAUUUCAGCUGAGUCCAUUGUACAAAAAACGAUUUAAAAUAUGCUUUUGCUGUGCUGGACUGGAAGAAAGCAAAGCCCAUUUCCCCCUAAAAAAUAUAUACAAAUCCUUCAACAGUUUGACCAUUAUUAUUAUCAGAAAAAUGUAGCUUUUAUUUUCUUCCUAUGGCUCCAAAACUCCACCUCUUGCCCACUUCAAAACCUUGUGCUGUUAAUAUCCAUAAUGCAAGUUUCUAACAAUAACAAUACAUGCAAAAAAAGGUCUUCAGUAAAAUACGAUGGUGCUUUCUCUCAUCUAAUAAGUUGGAUUGAAUGUUUGCCCGAUGUGUGAUAAAUCUGUAUCUGAAUGCUACUAAUAUUUCCAGUCAAAUUACCCAUUUGUAAACGAUGCAGUUUGACAUUUUUCUGGACCAACUUGACCCCUGAUGAUUUAUUAUUGGAUGUCUACACAAUUAGUGCCUUUGCAAACCUUCAGAAUGGAUGUUUGCUGUGUACCACGGGGACGAGAAUAAAUAAACUGUUGUAUCAUGUGA